AAGAUUCCACGAGCCCCACAGUCCGGAACAUCAACACGAUGACGUGAUGGACGCGGCAAGCGACGAGGACACCAACAGUCUACCAGAGGACGUGACCCUGACCUUGCCAAACGGAACCAGCGACGAUGAAGACUACGACCCCUGUACCAGUCCAACAAAAGGUCAACCCGGGUCAUAUGAUGACCCCACGUCACAUGACGUCACCGCGAGGAAGACCACCCCACCAGCCGUAGCAAAACGGAGAACAUUUUACCCAGAGAGUCGUGGGCGUGCUUCAAGCAACCCUGUGUCCACUCUACCACUUGACCAAGAUGUGGCACCAGAAGCAGGGCUGGAGACCACUCGCAGAACGCCGCACUUUCCACACGUCAGCAAGCCCAAAGACGUGGGAUCGAAUCUCGACCUGAAAUUCUCGGUCGAUCGUAUUUUAGGCAUCACACCCCAAGUUGGUGAAAUUUUAUCUACACGCGUACAAGAAAAUGAAUCGGACUCCGUAUUAGAUCCUCUAUCAGCUGACGAGGACAAAAAGAGGCGGUGCCGCACCAACUUCUCCUGCCACCAGAUGGAGACACUAGAGGCGGCCUUCAGGGCGAGCCACUACCCGGAUGUCUUCACCAGGGGGGCGCUGGCAGGGCGCCUCCACCUGACAGAAGCCAGAGUCCAG